AUGUCACCCAUCAUAACCGUGCGACGAAUUUUGCUGUUGCUGCUACUGGGCAGUUUUUUUGUUUCUGACUCCCCUUACUCCUUCGACUCGAUCUACCGUGACCUCGAAAAGUCCAUUGCACAGUUGGAUGUGGAAUCUGACCUUGCUUGGUGGUCCUCACAUCAUGGGGUGGAUAUGCCCGUGGUCCUUCCACAGUUCGAAGAGUACUCACCUGAACUGACCACUAUCAGUCGCAAAAAGCGUUCUCAGGUUUCCGACGCGCAUGCUGGAGUCACUCUCACUGGAGUUACUCCAGUGAUCUCACCCCCCACUCAGGUCCCACGUGACUACCCAUCAGAUACGAAACGGAACGGUUCGUCUCCAACCGAUGGGUUACCAUCCGGCAGUAUACACACUCCUUUCGAUGACCUGACUCCGGCUUCUGACGCCAGCACUUUCCAACCCGAAGCUGUGAUUGCUGCCACUGACUCUCCUGCCGCCAACCUGUUGUCUCCCGAAGGUCCUGGUCCAGACGAGAUGAGUGACGCAGAUUACUACGCUCUGGCCACCUAUGAUGACGGUCGUCCUGGCGUACUGGUUCGGGCUUUGUACGACUAUACUGGUCAAGAGGAUGAUGAAUUAACAUUAGUUGCAGGUGAUCAAUUUGAAAAGCUGGAAGAGGCCGAUGAUCAAGGCUGGUGUAAGGGUCGGAAAGAUGGUCGAUGUGGACUGUAUCCAGCUAACUACGUCGAACACGUGUAG